AUGCCGCAAUGCAGUUUCGAUGUAACAAGCAAUUUUUCUUGAUUUCAUUUUUCCUUUUUUUUUGUAAAAAUUCAAAAAGCUGUGUAUAGAAGUAGAAAACUGUAGGUUGCGUAGGUCGUUCAAAGAAAGAAACGCGAUUUUUUGCAGGACAAUUGAAUUUAUAAGAUAGUUUUUUUACAUCUGGAGUUUUGCAGCAAAGGCACGUAUCCUCCUUCAAACGAAACCAAAGAACAGACUUUAGUUGAAAAGAAGUUUAAAAAAAGUCAGAAAAAUUAUUAGAAUAUAAACCUUUGUUUUUAUUUGUGUAGAGCUCAGUAAAUGUGAUGCGACGGAGGGUUUCAGGUUUAAAAAACAACAGCUUGAAAGGUUGGUAAAUAAGAAACUUCGAAUUAUUUUCUCGAUUUAGUUUCGUGGAUGAUCAACCGCUCUAAAAGCUUAAUUUUUUCAUGCUGAACUUCUAUUUCCGUGAGGCUGAAAGAACGACUCCAGUUGAAUCAGUAAGUGCUGUCUACUUUUUUCCUCAACUGCUUCCUUCAGAAAAAAAGCAUCGUCAGGAAGUCCCCGUUACGGCUGGAGGAUGUUUUUUUUUCCUCUGACUUUGGUUAGUUUUGGAUUUCAUGUAAAGUACUUCAUCGAUAUAUUUUCGAUCUCACCCGACGGUGUCAUGAUGUUCAUUGCAAAUGGAUAA